UACGACGCGCCGAUUGUUUAAUUGUUUCAGUAAGCGAAUUUGUAAUCGCGGAGCGGUCGUUUUUUUGCCAAGUUACUGUGUUGCUAGUAAAUCCCCUAUCAAUUUUGCAAUUGUAUUAAACUCGCCGAAUGAAUCUCUUAGUUCUUUGCGUAUUGCGUUAAAGCCCUUAGUCUCGCGCGUCGCAUAGCACAGGACUAUAUUGGCAUUCGUAUCCCUUUCAUUCCAUUGAACCUAUACAACUAUUUUUGUUUCGCUCAGAGCCGCAAUAAAUAGCAAAAUACGUCGAGUAUUUGUAGAGACCUCUCUCCUUAUUGUUAGAAAUUGCUUAUUAAUAUUUUAAAUAAUUCUUAUAGAAUAUGAAACUGAAAGGAAAUAGCUAUUUUCGUAAGUGAGGCAGGUGUUUGUAAACAGUAAAACGAUUAGCAUUAGGUAUCGGUGCUAGUUCCACCAGAGUGGUGGUUGUCGUAAUCGGUUGAUUCACCCGGGCGCGGACUGCACUCGACUCUCCUCCGGAUGUGAUUUGUCGACGGAAAAAUGUGGUAUCGCGUUUGUUUGUGGCACAUUUUGCUGUAAUUGUAACAGUAUGUUUCCUUCUUAAACAGUUAACGGAUGGAUGUGCGCGGACACGUUUAAUAGUGUUUUUAAAGAUAGUAUAUUUGGAAUAAAUUUAGAAGUACAGAGUUUUAGUUGAUGUGUAUAUUGUCUCAGUGGACUCAGUGUUUCGCAAUGGCUUCUGUGUCAGAAUCGCCCCUGAAUAGAUCGAGGAAUAGGCCGGUGCUAUCUCGAUACAAACCAAAUAAUUCAACGUCAGAACAGUUACAAAGUAAACGCGAGCUGUUCUUCAAGUCGGACUCGGUGAGCGGCAGCGGGGCGAGCGCGACGGGCCCGCCGAGCGGGGCGCCGCCCGCGCCGCCGCUCGCUCCUUCCGCGCUCAAGGACGCGCUCGCAAAGCGCGCGGCCACGCUGCCGGAGCCACAGGAGAACAACCACCACGAGGCUAAUGGCACAGCCCCGGGGGCCAAGCUGACCAACAGCGCGUCUGUGGACAAGCCGCCCGGCGCCGCGCCACCACCCACGCCCGCGCCGCCCGUGCCCGCCUGUGCGCCGCCCGCCGUGCCCGCUCCGCUCAGGAGUACAGAGAAUAUCAUCAAGAAAACUGACCACCCACCCGUUGCGCCAAAACCAGAAUUACCUAAGUUAGAGAAGCCAAAAACCAAAGAACUAGAUGGAUACGUCGGAUUCGCGAACCUACCAAACCAGGUGUACAGGAAGGCAGUGAAAAAAGGAUUCGAGUUCACGUUAAUGGUAGUUGGAGAGACAGGGCUGGGCAAGUCGACGUUAAUAAACUCUUUGUUCCUGACGGAGGUGUACGACAAGGACAAGCACCCGGGGCCGUCGCUGCGGGUGAAGAAGACGGUCGGCGUGGAGACGAGCGUCGUGCUGCUGAAGGAGAACGGCGUCAACCUCACGCUCACCAUCGUCGACACGCCCGGCUUCGGGGACGCUGUUGAUAACAGCAACUGUUGGCAACCGAUUAUCGACUUUGUUGAGUCGAAGUAUGAAGAGUUCCUGAACGCGGAGUCUAGGGUGACCCGCAAGGCGGCGCCGCCUGAUACCCGCGUACACUGCUGCCUUUACUUCAUCGCGCCCAGCGGCCACGGGCUGAAGCCGCUCGAUGUCGAGUUCAUGCAACGGCUCGGAGACAAAGUCAACAUCAUCCCCGUCAUCGCUAAAGCGGACACCAUGACGCCUGAGGAGUGCAAGGAGUUCAAAGAACAGAUAAUGAAAGAGAUAGCUACGCACAAGAUCAAGAUCUACGACUUCCCGGAGAGCACAGGCGAGGAGGGCGAGGGUGCGGAGGCGACAAAGGCACUGCGCGCGCGCGUGCCCUUCGCGGUGGUCGGCGCCAACACCGUCAUCGAGCAAGAUGGCCGCCGCAUCCGCGGGCGCAAGUAUCCUUGGGGCAUCGCUGAGGUGGAGAAUUUGGAGCACUGCGACUUCAUAGCGCUGCGGAACAUGGUGAUCAGGACGCACCUGCAGGACCUCAAGGACGUGACCAGCUCGGUGCACUACGAAAACUACCGCUGCCGCAAGCUGGCUGGGCUCUCGCACGACGGCAAGCCGCACAGGAUCAACUCUAACAAGAAUCCUUUGGCUCAGAUGGAAGAGGAAAAGAGAGAACACGAUCUGAAAAUGAAGAAAAUGGAAAGCGAAAUGGAACAGGUAUUCGAAAUGAAGGUCCGCGAGAAGCGUGCGAAGCUGAAGGAGAGCGAGGCGGAGAUGGCGCGGCGACAUGAGGCCACGCGGCGCACGCUGGAGGCGCAGGCGCGCGAGCUGGAGGAGCGCACGCGCGCGCUGCAGGCCGAGCGCGCCGCCUGGGAGCGCGACACCGGCCUGUCGCUCGACGACCUGCGGCGCCGCUCGCUCGAGGCCAACAGCAAGGAGACUGUGGAUGGGAAAGACAAGAAGGAUAAGAAAAAGAAAGGUUUGUUCUAAACUCGCGAAGUGUCGCGUAGGCCUCGCACCCACCGUAACUCACGCGUGACUAACUCGUGUCGACACACGCCGCCUAUUGACGACCGACCGUCGUACGACUGUACCACACCCCGCAUCUUGACAACGAUGAGUGAAUCGAUCGAUUCCACAAUACCACUCGAUUACACUCCCGUUUUCAAAAUGCGGUCUCCGAUAUCGUACCGACGAUGUUAACCACCUAUUUUAAUAGGAGAAAUACGAAAGGCGGCUCCAAUUUUCUUUGUAAAGCAGUCUAACCUGUAUACAGUAACAUUACAACAAUGGACAAGCACUACACCUCAAGUGAAACAUGGUAACUGUACAUAUCGUACGUAAUCGAAAUGUUGGAACACGGGAUUUGAGAUGCAUUGGACACAAACAAGCAAUACUAUUGAGAUUUCUUUAAAUAUUUAAUUGGUUUGUGUGCCUAAUUCUGAGAUUUAGUGCCAUUUUCUGUGUUGUGAUGAGUAUCACUUCUAUCACGUGUAACAACUUUUGUUGUCUGUAAUAAAACUCAUUUUAUUUGUGUACUGUGUAUUGUAUUGUGUUGCUUAGUCUUUGUGUAAUGCAAGGAGACUUCUACUCACUGUGCAACCUUACGGUUUACUAAUUAUUAUUUCGUACUUGCACUUUGAUGCAACUGAAUUCUUUGUGAUUUAACCUUCUUGGACGAGGGUAAAUUUGAUGUGUUAUAUUUUAUGUUGUAAAUAUCUAUAACAUUACAGUUAAUAAGUAGCUAUAGUACAUAUUUGUGAAAUCAAACAUAACUUUAACGUUUUCUGAUUAUUGAAUGAAUUUAAUGAAACUGUUUUAUUAAUGAACGUGGAAUACUUGGCAAUGAGAUAAGCAUGUUUUAUAUGGUUUCAGAUUGGUCUUUUAAGAGUGUUGCGACCGGAAUAGUACUAUAAUGUCGAUGAAGCUUGAAUAUGUGCGCCACAUUAAGUGAGUUUUAGGUCUAUUUUAUAGCAUAAUUGAACAACGAUAUUUAAAGACUACAUACUAUGUAAUAUUAUUAUUUCAUUUCAUAACUUAUGAAUUGAGUUAUUAUCAAAAUUGGAUCUUGAAUGAGAUUAACUUUAUACGUAUUUAUUUAUAAGAUUUUUCCAUGACAAAGCAUUUAUUACAAUAAGUGAGGCCUAGUUUUGUACUAGUUCCGUUCGGAAAGACGUUUGUAAACAUUUUGAUACUUAUUUAUUUGGUCUCUUGGAAAUAAAUUAUGAUGAUUCCGGUGACGGGGAAGCACAAAUAUUUUGACAGCUUACAAAUCGACAUUUUCGUCCACAAGAUGCCAAAUAGCUUGUAAUAAUGGUCGGCUUUAAUCGACGAUGGAUGUCUUACUACUUUAUUGUAUUUAUCAUAUAUUCUAUGCUGAGGUCUAAUAGUGAACUAGUGACGGCGACGUGAUUUAUUCAGCUCAAAAUCAGUGUGAAAUUUAUACAUAAGCACCUUACUCCUUACUGAUAAAUAUAGCAUUAGAUAUUAAAAACGCUAGCGAUCGUGUGAGAUUUCAUGUAUUGUUAUAUUUAUAAGUAGAGGACUACUAUUUAUUAGCUAUUCGAGAGGUUUGCAUUAGAUACUACACCAUUCUAAAUUUUAACGUGAAUUAGAUAUAAAAUAUUUUUUACUUCUAUAUAUUACAAGUUAAUAAUACGAUUUUGGCUUAAUUGGUGCAUUCAGAUACCCAACUAAGAAGGUGUGGAUUGGCACGGCAUAUGUUGUAUACAUCGGUAUAUUACGCUUAGUGAUAUUACAAUAUGCUCAUAGUUCAGUUGUGACAUAGAUUCUAGCUUUAGCUAGGUGUUAGACUUUCUUAUAAUAAUGUGUAACGGGAUGAAGAAAGGAAAACACACCAACAUUUUUUUUUGUCACAUACACACUACACCACAAGUGGAUAGUUCUCUUUCAAACGUUCAGUAAUAUUUCAUGAUAAGAAUCACGACACAAAAUUCCAAAUUCCCCAAUAUUAGUUUCACAUUAAUAUUUUAGAAGUUAUAAUACUUGUAUCACUUUAUAUUACAUAUUUCUGUAAAUAUUUUCGUUUAGUCAUUACAGUUUCCAGUACGAGUUAUGUAAUAAAGUUAUUUACGCCAACUCUAUAUAAUUGAGCUGCAUAAUCUUUAUUUAAUCAGCAUGCCAUGGUUAAAUUUGUAUUAUUUCCUACACUCAGUAUUGACUUCCGCGUUAAACUUAAGAAAUUAGUUAGUAAGACUAUGCUUAAUUUUGUAUUUUGUGUAGGGUCACGGCCCACUUACCAUACCGAUCAUUUGCUUAGUCAUUACGAUGGAUAUGUGAUGUGUGUUGGAGAGCAAUCAAGUUCGGACGAUGUAAUAUAUUGUACCUUUGAAUAAAUAUAAAUAAAUACGUAAUAUAUAGGAA